UGGAUUGCCUGUCAUGCAUGUUGUUACCCAAAGAAACAAGCUGACAAUCUUGUACUUGCGACGUUACGGGCUAAGCCUUUUCGACCCCACUGGAAUCGUCUUAGGUCCCUGACUUGGAGCCUGGACCUGGAAGCUGGCAAGGAAGCAUAGACGAGGGCCGGGGAAAGGAGAAAAAAAAGAGAGAGAACACGGACGAUGAUCUCUUUGGGGCUUUCUUUUACUUAUGAAUCUAGCCAACAUUCGCUGCUCCUCGUAUGCUUUACCGAUCUGCAGUAGAACGUCUUGACGUCUCAGCCUCGUCCAACCAUCUCUCAUUCGCUUGCUCUCAACCAUCAUCAUGCUCAGUUAUAGUUGCCUCUGGCUCGGCCUCGUUGCAGUUUCUACAUCUGCUCAGAACAUUCCUCAAGCAGAAGCAAUAGCAACGGCAGUAUACGCCCCAGCAUACUACAUUCCGCCUGCAUCUGUCAUCUUCAGACGGGACGAUUCAUGCCCAGCGAACACAUUCCGAUGCUCUGAGGAGCUUGGCGAGAGAUUUAGCGACAUAUGCUGCCAAAACGGCCAAACGUGUGCCGUGGACGCCGACGAUGAACCGGCUUGCUGUCCAUCUGGCGCCGUCUGCACAGGUACAGCUCCAGCCUCGGCCACUGGCGAACCAACCGCUGAAGCAUCCUACGUCCCGAACUCAUAUUUCGCCUUCCCCUACGCUGCCACGACAUUUACAAACGAAGCUGCAUGCACCUCAGCCGUUGAUGCCUGCGAAGAAAACUACGAUCAGUGUGUUAAUUUCCUCGGAGACGGAGGCCAGUAUGGUGUCACUAUAGUUGUACCUGGUGGCGGAGGUACAACAGUUCAGGGUGGUGGACAGGCUCUGGGUUCGUCAUCAGCAACCGCGGUCUGCUCUAGUCUGAGCUCUCGUGCUUGCAGAAACGUUUCCAGCGAUGACUGCUCGGAUUACGGGAACGAUGCUUCAUCCUCCAACAGACUUGCCUUGUGUUUUAUGGUUUUUGGGGCGGGCAUUGCAAUACUCAACGUCCUGAUUUAAUUAGGUGCCAAACAAGCUGAUAUACAACUUGAUACAACGAUCGUGGGCAUGGUCGCUGGUGCUAGUGUACCAGGUUUGAGUUAACGCCCUGCUACAGCUGCUGAGGAAGACAUGUACUUACCUCGUUGCUCAAAAGGAUAUUUGCGCUCACCAGAGCGAAUGACUGCAGUUACGAUGCAUUUUAUGAACAGCCUACGUUGUUAGGGCUUGAAACUAUGAAGUCUGCUUAUCACAUCAUAUAUAAGAUCUACAAUCGGCUUAUGCUGAAAGACUUGACGGGCGCUUGAUGUGGAAUGUAUGCAUGUUUUUGGUUUUGUAUAUAGAAUAGUACAGCAACAUAUGUUGACUGGGAUGACCACUCAGUCCUGUGUCGGGUUUGCCACUUUUCAUCCUUCGCCAUGUAUUACCUGAA